AUGGUGUCUGCUUCGUUCGUACUCCUUGGUGCCCUGGUGGUCCUCGGGUCGACUGCUGAGGGAAGCAAAAAGUUCGUCAGCUGGAUCCCCAACGGCGCCAAUGUCGAGGGCUACGCAGCCAUCGGGCACCCUGACGGUACGGGGAAGGACGAGUCGACUAACGACUUCGGCGAAGCCUUCGAAAAGGCUGGCAAGAAGUGGACCGUCGAGUUGUGCCAGGCCGACACGGACGGAGACGGCCAAACCAAUGGACAGGAACUUGGUGAUCCGUGCUGUGAAUGGUCGACGGGGGCCACUCCUCGCUGGACAACUGGCGUCUCACACCCGUCUCUCAAGGACAAGACGUCCGACGCGUCGCUGUGGGCUAACAUCAACUGCACCUCUACCACCACCACUACUACGUCUGGAGCAGACAGCUCAGUGGUGGAGUCGGCGACCUCCAUGUUCGCCCUAGCGACCGGAAUUGCGCUCCUGUUCGCUUAAAUCGCAGAUUAUAAGAUUCUGUCCUCAUAAAAGACAUCGAUUGGUC